AUGAACCGAUUUGCUGGAGUGAUCGUACUUGCGGCGCUGGUUAUCGGCACCUUGGGUCAGAACGAUGGACGAGAUGCUGCCGUUCGUGAUCGGGCCGGUAAUGGGUACGAGGUCCUGGUCGAGUCGUCCCUCCAUGUGCGAAAAGCGAACCCGGCCGUACGACGCAACGUGCGCAGCGUGCUAGAUCUUCUCGUGCCAGCACCGGAAGCGUUGCUCGUGCGCCAAAAACGUCAAUUCGGAGGAUUCGGUGCUUCGAGCUCGAACGCUAACGCUAACGCCUUCAACCAACAGUUUGGACCGCAAGGAUUCGGUGCCAGUGCCGCUAAUGCUGGUGCCCAAUCGUUCUACAACCAGGGCCCGGGUGGUGGUUUCGGUGCAUCCGCCGCCAACUCAGCUUCGCAAGGUUUCCAGGCCGGUCCCGGUGGAUUUUCGGGCUCUGCUGGACAGUCCGGUAGCCAGAGCUAUAAGCUUCCAGGCGAUCGGGACAUCAACCUAUCGUACAGUGGAGGAUUUUCCGUUGCCAACGGACAGCCAAGCGUAUCGCAGGGCAGCUCCAUCAGCUUCUCCAAGAAGUAACCACCUCCACCG